AUGAUGUUGGUCACAACAAGAUUUCCAGAUGUUGCUGAUAGAGUGCGCACAAUGGAGCCCUUCCCAUUAGAUGGUUUGAAUGAGGAUGCAUUUUGGGAUUUCUUUAAACUUUGUGCGUUUGGGUCUGCGAGUUCUGAGAAUGAUCCUGAGUUAGAGAGGAUUGGGAAAAGGAUAGUUCCAAAGUUGAAGGGUUCUCCUUUGGCCGUCAAAACUCUUGAGCGUCUAUUAGGAAUGAACCUUCAUACAACACAUUGGAACAAUAUACUAGAGAGUGAACUCUGGAAGUUGAAACAAGAGAAAACUGAUAUUUUGCCAGCCCUUCGGUUGAGCUAUAUAUAUUUGCCAUUCCACUUGAAGAGAUGCUUCUCGUUCUGUGCUCUAUACGCCAAAGAUCACAAAUUUGAAAAGGGCCGUUUAGCUGAAAUUUGGGUAGCAGAAGGCUUUGUGGAGCCUCAAGGCGACAUUCCACUUGAAGAUAUUGGCCAUCAGUACUUUGAGGACCUUGUAAAUAGGUCCUUCUUUCAAAAUGUUAGCGGUACAUACAUAAUCCAUGACUUGCUGCAUGACAUGGCAAAGCUAGUGUCAGAUCACGACUGCUUCACCAUAAGAAAUAUGAGGGACUUCCAAAUGGUUCCCCAGAAUGUUCGUCAUCUGUACAUACUCCCAAGCAGAGACUUGAGCACUCCCAACUUGUUGAGCCUAAGCAAGCACACAAAGCUGCAUACGCUAAUUUGUGACAUGUCUUUUGGGAAUGAAGCUGCAGUUAUAAUGGACCGUUGGUGUAGUGAGCUUCAGCGUUUGCGUGUGCUUUUUUGGGCCUCUUCAAAUGAGUUGCCAGACAGUAUUGCCAACUUGAAGCAUCUUCGGCAUCUUGAAAUCUCCAAGGCUUGUGCUUUCAAGAGCUUUUCUUCAGCAUUUUGCUCCCUCUAUAAUCUGCAGAGAUUAUACGCGAAGGAGUGCAAGUUAGAAAGCUUGCCCUGUGACUUUAGUAAGUUGAUAAGUUUACGGAGAUUUAAAUCACGAGGAUUUGAAUAUUAUGCAGGGCGCACUCUGAAUAUUGAUGCAACCAAUCGGUUCGAAAUGAAGUUGAUAAAGAAUUUGAACCAAUUUGAUGGACAUAUGAACAUAUGCAAUCUUGGUUCUGUGAGCAAUUGUUAUCCUACAGAAUUUAAACUGAAGGAUAAGAAGUAUCUACGCAGACUGGAACUGACAUGGUCUUUGGCGUCCUCUCCUGAGGACAAAGGAGUGCUUCAAGCCCUACAGUCUCCCACCUGUCUGGAAUCUCUGUUCCUCAAAGGUUAUCCAGAUGUGUCUCUUCCAAAUUGGUUUCAGCAGCAUAGAAACCUAAGUGAGAUGCCAGCUGUGCCAGUUGACAACAAUAAUGAUGAGAUUGGUACUUUGCCGUCCUUGGAAGAGCUAGCCAUUCUUUACUGUCGAAAUCUACGAAGCGUCGAACAACUUCUGUGUCCAGCUUAUGUGCCUGCCAUCAAGAGAUUAAGGAUUGCUGGUUGCCACCAGUUAAAAUCAUUACGAACUGUAACGUUAGGUGGUUUUCAUUCCCUUGAAAGAUUAGAAGUGUGUGGUUGUCCAAAUAUCCGCUCGAGAGGUUUGGUGGCGCACUCCCUCAAGACACUCAAACUGGAAAGUUCUGGGAAUCUCACAAACAAUAUGCAGUGCUGCUCCCUCAUCGAGUUCUAUUUAUCAAGUGACUAUGUCACAACCAUCCAUCCCCAAAUGUGGAAUCUUCCAGCUCUACAAAAGUUGCACAUUGCAAACUGCAGAUCUCUUACAUCUGUUGGACAAGGACAACCACCAAUUAGGGCAUUCAAAUCCCUUACAUUCCUAAUCAUUGACAAUUGUGAGAACCUGGCAACCCUUGAUGGUCUUCUAACAGAACUAUGUUUGCCUGCCAUUCGAAAGAUUGAUGUUAGGAAUUGUGGCAAGUUACAGUUCCUUUUUGGUGAAAGGCCUGGGAGUUUUCCUUCCCUUGAAGAUCUGUUGCUUCAUGAUUGCCCUAGUCUCAAAUGGCCAAGGGAAUUAGUGUUACCAUCAUCCCUAAAAAAGCUCCACUUAGUUCGAUGUGGGGAUAUUUCCUCCUGGUUUUCAAGCUGCCUACAAAACCUCAAAUCUUUGGCUGAACUGGCUUUGAUUGGAUGUCCAAGUAUAACAUCCAUUCCACUCGGCGUCUACAGAAGUGAUCUCGCUUCGCUUGAUGCAUUGUAUAUCUCGGGUUGUCCAGACCUCGUGUCAAUUGGCGGAGCAAAGGCAGUUGCAAAAAUAAAGUAUGUGGGCAUUUACGAUUGCCCAGAGAUGGAGGAUCCUAAGCAGCCUGUGAGCAGAGGCACAGAUAUGUUGUCACUUACACUUCAACCUUCACCCUCCUGUUCAUUUCCGACUCAGUUGUAA